CUCAUCUGACACACACCACACGCAGGUAAAGAGCAGCACCGGCUCGCUCGGGGUUCGGUAUCACCGUGGACCGGUUCCGUGCCUCUAGCACGUCCUGUUCUGGCGAUUUAAGGCGGGAAAGCAGCGCGGAGCGCGGGAAGAAUCCCCGACGCUGAUUGGCCGGCGGCUCCUCUGAAGCGAUGACGUCACGGGCGGAGCGCAGGAGCAGCUGACGCGCAGGAGAAUCCCGUGCGUGCCGCCGCUGCCAUGAGCGCGCCCAGAGGAGAGUUCCGUCCGUCGAUGACGUCACCCCCUAGGAGCGGGCGCGUGCCGGUCGCCAUGACGUCAUGAGGGGGCUACGUCGCGGAGGAGAAAGUUUUCUGUGACUCGGAUAUUCGGUGAAUUCUUACACACUCCGUCCUCGAGAUUUCCCGGGAAAGGCGCGCGAUUUAAUUUAUGUGCCUUGUUGCUAGUUUAUGCAGUACUUUUGGGCCGGAAGUGUUUGUGACGCAGCGGCCGCUCUCACCUGGACCCCAAGGACCCGCCGGUGAGCCGGGUGACUCUGUGGAUUUGCGUGAAUCCGCUCGUAGAAGCAGGCAUGUUUGCGGCAGUGGAGCUUGGGCCCGUACUGUGCAGCGACUCCAACAUCCUGUGCCUGUCCUGGAAGGGCCGCGUCCCCCGCAGUGAGAAGGAGAAGCCCGUGUGCAGGAGGCGCUGCUAUGAGGAGGGCUGGCUGGCCACGGGGAACGGCCGGGGGGUCGUGGGAGUCACCUUCACCUCCAGCCACUGCAGGAGAGACCGGCCCACCCCGCAGCGCAUCAACUUCAACCUGAGGGGACACAACAGUGAGGUGGUGUUGGUGAGAUGGAACGAGCCCUUCCAGAAGCUGGCGACCUGUGACACCGACGGCGGGAUCUUUGUCUGGAUCCAGUAUGAGGGCCGCUGGUCAGUCGAGCUGGUCAAUGACCGAGGAGCUCAGGUGAGCGACUUCACCUGGUCUCACGACGGCAUGCAGGCGCUGAUCUCGUACCGCGACGGCUUCGUGCUGGUGGGCUCGGUGAGCGGCCAGCGCCACUGGUCCUCUGAGAUCAACCUGGAGAGUCAGAUCACCUGUGGGAUCUGGACCCCCGACGACCAGCAGGUGUUGUUUGGCACGGCGGAUGGGCAGGUGAUCGUCAUGGACUGUCACGGCCGGAUGCUGGCUCAUAUCUUGCUGCACGAGGCGGAGGGCAUCGCCAGCAUGGCCUGGAAUUAUCCCAACUUCCUGGUGGAGGACAGCAGCGAGAGCGACACGGACUCGGACGAUUACACGCCUCUGCAGGUGCACCGUCUGAAGCCGCUGUUGACCGUCUGCUUCACGUCUGGAGACGUCAGUUUGAUGAGCAACUACGAUGACCUCUCGCCCAUGUUAAUACGCACCGGCCUCAAAGAUGUGGUGGUGCAGUGGUGCUCUCAGGGUGACCUGCUGGCUGUUGCUGGGAUGGAGAGACUCGUGAUGACCUCUGACCCCACCCAAGCCACACGAAACGCCAUUGUUAAGUUUUACAAUGUUUGCGGUGAACACAUUUACUCACUGGAAACACCUGCUCAGAGACCCAUCAGUACGCUGUGCUGGGGCCAUCGGGACUCGCGUCUGUUCCUCGCCAGCGGCCCGGCGCUGUACGUGCUUCGCGUGGAGCAUCGGGUGGCCAGUCUUCAGCUGCUGUGCCGACAGGUCAUCGCCAGCUCGGUGCACGAGGAGAAGGACGUGGCCAAGCUCAGCAUGCCCUCUCGCCUCGGCACUUACGUGACUUCUGCCUUCGCCCCCACCAUCAAGCCCCCCAUCCCGGAUCCCAACAACAUGCGGGACUUCGUUAGUUAUCCGACGUCCGGUAACGAGCGUCUGCACUGCACCAUGAAGCGCACCGAGGACAACCCUGAGGUCGGCGGCCCUUGCUACACCCUGUACCUCGAGUAUAUGGGAGGGCUCGUCCCUAUUCUGAAAGGCCGUAGGAUUAGCAAACUUCGCCCUGAAUUUGUCAUCAUGGACCCAAAGACUGAUGGGAAAACAGAUGAAGUCUAUGGAAACAGCUUCAUCCCAUCCAUGAUUGACAGCUGCAAUUGCUCAGACUCUAGUGACAUUGAGCUCAAUGAUGAUUGGGUUGGAAAGAAAUCGCCAAAGAUCUCCAGAGGGAGCAAGUCUCCCAAACUCCCCAGAGACUUAGUGUGUCCCUUUACCAACAGGAUAAAUAUAGAUCCCCGUAAGUCCCCCAAGCUCUCCCGCACCGCGCAGGAAAUAUCGCGAUCGCCUCGGUUACCCAUUCGCAAGCCCUCCAUUGGCUCUCCGAGUCUGACUCGGCGGGAGUUUCCGCUCGAUGACAUCACACAGCACAAUUAUCUUGCGCAAGUUACAUCUAACAUAUGGGGAACAAAGUUCAAAAUUGUGGGGCUUGCAGCAUUUUUGCCAACAAAUCUUGGAGCAGUUAUCUACAAGACAAGUCUGCUUCACCUCCAGCCCAGACAGAUGACCAUCUACCUCCCUGAGGUGAGGAAGAUCUCAGUGGAAUACAUUAACUUACCUAUGUUUAGUCCUAAUGUCUUCAGUGAGGACGAGGAUGACCUGCCUGUCACAGGAGCAUCAGGAAUCACUGAUGAUAAUCCUCCUUGCACUGUCAACAUACCCAUCGCCCCCAUACACAGCCCUGCACAAGCCAUGUCCCCGACCCAGAGCAUUGGCCUUGUCCAAUCCCUAUUAGCCAAUCAGAACGUCCAGUUGGAUGUGUUGUCCAAUCCAACAUCGACUGUGGCACCACCUGGGGUGUCUGACCAAGGACAGCAGGACACUGUGCUCACGGCACAGUACACCGUUCCUGCCAGGUAUUCUAGUCCUGGACAGGUAAUCUUUGGAGGUAUGGAGGUUGGUCGGAUUUUAGUUGCGCAAUCCCAACAACAACAUCAACAUCAACAUCAACAACAACAGCAGCAGCAACAUCAACAACAGCAGCAGCAGCUGCAACAUCAACAGCAGCAGCAGCUGCAACAUCAACAACAACAACAGCAGCUGCAACAUCAACAACAGCAGCAGCUGCAACAUCAACAACAGCAGCAGCUGCAACAACAUUAUCAACAGCAGCAGCAACAGCUACAGCAACAGCUUCAACAAUAUCAGCUGCAGCAGCAACAGUUGUUGCAGCAUCAGCACAUGCAACAACAGCAGCAGCAACACAUGCAACAGCAGAUCCAGCAGAUGCAGCAGCAACAGCAAAUGCAACAACAGCUUCAGCAUCAAAUCCAACAGCAGCAUCUGCAAAUGCAACUGCAGCUGCAACACCAGCAAAUGCAGCAGCAGUUGCAACAGCAGCAUCAGAUCCAAAUCCCUGUUCCGACUUUGCCCUCAGGUCAACCGUCACUCCCGGUCAUUCAGCUUACGCAGAGUACCAUCCCGGACGUUCCCCCAACAGCAGAGCAUGGAGCGGAGCAUGAGCUCCUGCUUAAAAUUAAAACGACACGUUCUGCCCCACAACUGGCUGAGGGUGAUGCAGUAGUUUUUACUGCCCCUCUUGAGAUUAGCAAGAUGAAUCCUCCCCCUCCUUACCCGGGCACUGUGUCUGCUGCCACGGUCACAGUUUCGGCUGCUGUUUCUACGAGUUGCACCUCGGGAGGCAGCUCCAGCACUUCAUCCUCAGGGGAAGCUUGUGUAAAGAAAGGGGAUCUGACCUUGUAUCCUCCUGGUGCACAGGCAGCUCAGUACCCAACCCCGCUGGGCUACGAACGCAUCACCACAUUUGACAGCAGCGGAAAUGUGGAGGAGGUGUGCCGUCCCCGCACGCGACUCGUUUGCAACCAGAACGUUUACACGCUGCAGGGCCCGGGAAGCUCUGCCACCCUCAGGGUCUCAUCAUCUUCCUCUGCUGUAGAGGGGAAGGUGGUGCAGUUGCCCUACGCCUCAGCCACGUUGAACCGUCUCACUGUGCCAAGGUACUCUAUACCCAGCGGGGACCCGCCCCCUUACCCUGACACAGCCAAUCAGGGUGGAGUGGGGCGGAACCCUGGCCAGAGAUUGGACAGCAGCUUGAUUCACGCUACCUUGAGGCGGAACAGUCGGGAAGCUGCGCUGAAGGUUUCUCAGAUCCUGGAUCCCCAAAGAACCCUGCCCUCCAAGGCCAAAGCCAGUGCUUCGUCUGCUUCCUACCAACCAAGAGGGCCGACGGCUCUUUAUACAUGCAGUCAGUGCAGUAGUAACGGUGGGGCCGCCAGCAGUGGGAGUAACGGAAUAGCUGGGGGGACCAUCAUUAGGCAGGAGUUCCCACCAACUGGAGGUGGUGCACCUCACAGCACUGUUAUAGUGCACUCCAACAGUGCCUCGCCUCUCCCUUCCCAAUCCUCCUACAGCCUACUCAGUAUGGAUGGCACCGGUGGAGUGUCUAGUGCAGGUGGAAACAGGGAAAGGGCUGACUAUAUCAACUCCGCCUUUACAGAGGACGAGGCAUUGAAUCAGUCUCUAAGGCAAAUGGCUCUUAAUACGGAGGUGGUGAGUUUGACAGUCAAACGGCCGCCACCGUAUCAAUGGGAUCCGUCUGCUAAUGAAGAGAUCUGGGUUCCACAAGAGCGUUCGGCGACUCUGCCCACCUCUGGACCUCCUGCAUCCCACAAACCUCCCCCACUCAUCCUCAGCCCUGCACAACAUCUGGACGUCUCCCGUCUUCCGUUUGUCCUCUCGCCUAAAUCUCCGACGAGUCCUAACGCUGCAACUUUCCAGCCGACGGGAGCAUACCAGAUUGCUCUGCCCUAUCCACCAAGUACAGCCUAUAGCGGUUCCUUGCAAGCUUCUCCACGUCCUACCUCUCCCAAAGAGGUGGUUACUCCUCUUCCCUUCUCCCAGCAGGACCAAGCAGUGGUCUUGCCACCUGGUUAUCCUCCCAGUUUGCCCAACCUUGCUUGCUGCCCUCUCCCACCAAUGUACCCUGGGACAGCUUCUUGUUCGAGUCUGCCUGUGACUCCCAUUCCUCUCCAUCCGUGGGGUUCUUACAAUCCCUGUCCACCCAUGCCAAGCCCCUCAGGUCCUGCUCCAUCCCUUCCACCAAAGACCUCCCACCUGUUGGAUAAGCCUGUUCUUUCUCCUCCCCCUCAACCACCUCCUCUACCUACACCUCCUCCAGACCUCCAGAGUCCCCCGGAGGCCAUCGCAGAGGCUGGGGAAGGCUUUCAAGAGGUGCUCUCGCUCAAUGAAAGCCCGGUUCCUCAAAGAGCAGACAGGUUUGGCAAGAAGAACCGCAAGCGUUUGGACAACAGUCGGGCGGAUGAAGCCAACGUUCCGGCAAUCACAGAAGGAGGCAACAAGUCCAAAAAAGAGGGCCGUGCCCUCAGUGACUUCAACUCCCUCAUCUCCAGUCCGAGGUUAGGCAGUCGAGACAAAAAGAAACCGAAAGGCCAGAAAGAGCAGCUGAAAGCCAAAAAGCUAAGCAAGGCCACCACCAACGAGUUCCAGGACAGCUCCGAGAGCGAGCCGGAGCUCUUCAUCAGCGGCGAUGAACUGAUGAACCAGAGCCAGAGCGGUAAAAAGAGCUGGAAAGCAAAAAGGAACUUGCGGGCGGGAGGCUGCGAGCUGGACGAAAUCAAGUCCCGAAAGGCUAACGAGAAAGAAGACCGCGGCCUCGGCAGCCAAGGGUUUGUCUACAUCAUGGCCAACAAACAGCCUCUUUGGAACGAAGCCACGCAGGUCUACCAGCUGGACUUUGGAGGAAGAGUCACGCAGGAAUCGGCAAAGAACUUCCAGAUUGAGCUCGAGGGGAGACAGGUGAUGCAGUUCGGAAGGAUCGACGGGAACGCAUACAUCCUGGACUUUCAGUACCCCUUCUCAGCUGUGCAAGCUUUUGCUGUAGCACUUGCUAAUGUCACCCAGCGCCUCAAGUGAUCGACUGGGCUUGAACAUUUUAGCCAAUUCUUUCCUCGCUCUCUCUGUUGCUCUUUUAGCAUUUUUCCCAGUCUAAGAUGCAGUACUAAUACUUGAAAACUACAUCUGGGAAGCCACAUUUUCCGAGUGUUAGAGGUACUACUGGGCACUGAAAUCAAUUGCUGUACAACAUACUGUCAUUACUAAUUUUUUUUUUUUUGCAUAAGAUACUAAUGUUUGUCACACUUUGAGGACGUAAUAUCUAAACUCACUUCCAGGGACUUUACCCUUGGAGUUCAAUAGCUGGCAUCUGAUUAGAUGCUUUUGGCUUGCAGUCAUAAAGUGUAUUUUAUUAAGAGAUAGUUAGACUGAAUAUACAGUCUGUAGCUGUACGCUCUAGUUAUUUCCGUUAGGAUGGACUUGCUUUGGCAGACCGAAUAAGCUCAACGGUGAAACCAUUGAUGCUGUAUUCAUUAGCACUCUAGAUGUUUUUAGUGAUUAAUUCCUCUUGAAUGUUUGUUUGUUCAUCCACACUUUUUUUUUAUUCGUACUGCCCUGCAUGUGUCAUUUUGGGUCAAUGACGUAUAAGGAUUUUUGACAAAUACAAAAUAAUAAUAUCCAUUGCAUUUGUUCAAACAUUAAGAAUGUUGUGUGCACAUAAAUUCAUAUUAAACUUUUAAAUUAAGUGAUUUUAGUGUUUUUUUUUUUGUUUGUUUUUUUCAUCUUGGUGAAGUGGCCAUAGCUUUAAAAAAAAAAGUCAGGUGGUGCGACCGUGACUUAUCUUAAAAUUAAUUAAUUUCCUUAACAUGCAUAACAUUUUUUAUUUAUAAGUUCUCAGUAAUUUAAAGUUUUUAAAAGUUUUUGUUUACAUAAUAUAUGAGUGUGUUUAUAUUUAUGUAUAUAUAAAUACAAACACAUGCAUGUAUAUAUUUAAGAAAAAUAGACUUUGUAUAUUAUAUAAAAUAUACAUGUAAAUAUUUUCAAAAUAUAUACUGUGUGUUAUUCAUCUUGAUGAAAAAAACACUAAAAUCACUUAAUUUAAAAUUCUAAUAUGAAUUUAUGUGCACACAACAUUCUUAAUGUUUGAACAAUUGCAAUAGAUUUUUGUAUUUUGUAUUUGUCGAAAAUCCUUAUACGUCAUUGACCCAUUUGCAAAGCAACCUUUUUACUGUCUUGUACACUCUUCCUGAUUGUGCAUCUCUUUCCUGCUGUGAAACAGGAAGUGAUGUGCCAAUCAGAGCUCACC